AUGAUAAAAAUAGGGCAAAAAUCUAAAGGUAUUGCAUUUGCUAACUUCAAAAUUAUGAGGAGAGUGAAAACUAAUUAGACGAUCAAAGGUUUAUUUCUAUCACUAAGAAUACAAAUCAUUUAUCCAUUAGAUUUUAUUCCUUAAGCCAAAAUCCAACUGUUGGAAUCAUCCAAAGAAUAUGUUACUCCUUAUAUGCCAUGCUUACCUGUCUCUUUAUUGACUUCUGAACAAGCCAUGGAUCAUUUCAUUUCUGGAUAAGCAUCAAAGGUAUAAGCAUUAAGUAAUAUUUCAAGUUGUAGGUAUUGAAAUGGGUGUCAAAUUAUCAGUUGCUACAUUUUCAUCUUAUUUUAGCAAAGCUUUCUUAUCAUAGCAUCGAACUGUUUAUUCGACUAUGUUAGCUACUAAAAUGAAAAACAUGGAAUCGAUAGUUGAUUAAUUAAUACUAGAUGGUCAGGUAGGAAAGAUAGGAAAACAAACUUCUCUCAAAAUACAAGAGCUAUUAUUGAUUCUAUUUCAUAGUGGAGAAUUUGAAAAUUUUGAAGAGUUGAGUCUCAAGGUUCCAAGGAAAGUUACUGGAGUUCCUAGUUAAUUUCUUCAUCCAAAAAUACUGAGAUGUAUUUUACCAUCAUUAUUCUUUUUAUAAAAGCAAUAUGAUAGCAGAUUAGAAAUUUCAGUAGCUAAAAGAACUUUUAAACAUAUCAAGGCAAGGCUUCACCUGAAGUCAUUAAUGCUUUCUCAAAAAUGUGAAUAAAAGUUAGAAAGAUUAUUAUGA